AUGGUGAGCGGUGAUGGCCUGUUGACAUUUGGCAAGCACGCCGGACGGACUUUUUCACAAAUUCUCCGAGAAGAAAAGAAAUACGCCCAAUGGGCUGUGAAGGAGUUGUGCGAGUCCCACAUACCCAACGCGCGGGCCUUUGCCUCGUACUGCAUGGAGAAAGGCAUUGGUGGGGCACUCCAAAAUAUGUCCCAGGAGUUUCAGCUAGUCGCCGUCCCUGGCCCAUCACAAGAGGAGCCGGAGCAUGCGUGUGAAAAGUGUGGGUCAAGUUGCCUGGAAAGCUGGAUGGUUCGCUGCCAUCCCUGUUUCAAAGAGCAUUGUGUGCGCUUGGACACUGAUUUUUACCUAAGAUGCCCCUUCGAAGAGAAAGACGAAGCGAAGGCACGCGGAGGUAUAAAAUUUGAUUGGGAUGCUAAGAAAUGGUACGUUCCAGCAGGUCUAAACAUUUCCUUGUGGGAAAGAUGGCACGUAUGUUGCGAGAAUUGCCACGAAUCGAUUUCCAACGAUGACGCUGUGACCGCGAUGGAGCGACAAAGAAAGCCGGUGACGUGUCCCGGCGGAGAGUGUGCGCCAGAACUGCGGGCUCGGAUUGAGAAGGAACGUCUAGAACGAGAAACCGAGGAACGUUCCAAGAACAAGGCAAAGUUUCUGGAGAGGCAGAAGGAGGAAUUCUGGCGAUUCCUGAAGAAAUCGUGCACAAGCAUUGAGCAGGCCAUGCAGGCGAAGAACGAAGAAGCACAAGAGAAGCUGGAAGCGGCGGGACCGCCCAGUGGAUCGCCAGCGAAGCGGCGGAGGACUUCAGGCCGCAGAAAGGAGUUCAUCUUCAUGCCCUUCCCGAAUUUUGUCCAGGGUAGUUUGCUGGCACACCUCAAGAGCGAAAGGGGCCAGGUGACCUACAACCCUUUUCAGGAGGACGAAUUGGAGUCGAUGCAGCCAAAAGCGGCCAGGUGGAUUCAGAGCAUUGGGACCAACCGUUUCAAGAAGAAAUCGUCGCAAUUUGUGCUGGCCCUGGAGUACACUCCGGAACAGCUUUUGUCAUUCGGUGCAACAUUCCAUGCUUCCAGCCUUUUCGACCAUUGGGCUGUGGCAACCGGGAACAUUCAGAAGAUGGAGGAGUUUCUGACGCAUUCCUUGCAGCAAACGCUGGAUUCUGCCACUCCAGAUGUGGUGGCUUUGGUGCAGCAGGAGCUGCGUUCGCGGUAUGGCACGCAUUGUCCCGAUGUCGAGGGGAUCUUCGGGUCGCAGAUCUUCCCCCGCUGCCGUGCUGACUUGGGGGCGCAGUGGGAGAAGAUGUCACGAGAGCAGAAGGUCCUUAGAGGAAUCUUUGAGUACAUGGAGCAUCGCAAGGUCUACGAUGCAUCUACGGGCGAGACAGAGCAAACGACCUUCAUGCGCGACGUGAUGACGCAAGUGAUCGAGGCCUUUCAGGAGAAGGGUCCGAAUGUCCUCGACUUUGAGCAGGACCCCGCGGGGUCCGACAGGCUCUACUUCAAUCCUGCGAAGCCACUCACUUAUGUUCUACUGGCUCAUCCCAACACCAAGGCUGUUGACUUGUUUUCUCUCAAAGGCUUACCAGCAAAGCAGAAAGGCAAGAGCAAGGGCACAAGUGCUGCCAGUCAGCCAGGUCCCGCACACGAGGAUUGUUGCAAGAGGAUUUUCGCUGCGUUCAGGCGGAUGCACUGGCGCAUAGUGCGGGAGAUUCGCGCCGGCAGGUUUGCUGUGUACGGUGUCGACCAGGGGCUGCGCAAGGCGGAUCGUGACAAGCGAUUCCUGGAAUUCAAAGCACAGCACAAAGGCCUUCACAAAGAGUUGAAGAGGUUGUCCACCACGUGCCCGACUGCCCUGCGAGACUGGGUUGGCUUUGAGGGAAAGAAGUUGCAUUCAAACUCGGAGUUGGUACCUGUGGUCUUUGAGAACUGGCUUGGACUGGACAAGAAGCUGGUGGCACGAGUUCGCGCAGAUGCAGAAAAGAAAGUAACAGGCAUUGCCAAAAACCUUUCAAAGACACAAGCGAAGCUGAAGAAGAGACUGGUCAAGAGCGGCAUCAAGAUCCGCGACCUUGAAUGA